AGUUGUGUGUCCUGUGUACAAUACAUUGAAGGAAGAAACACCCCGGCUGAGGAAAAUGGCCGAUGUAGAGAUGGAUAUCGCGUCUAGCAGAAUGAAUAACGGAAACGAGCACGUGAAAGAAGAUUUGGAGAGCCAUGACAAGAGUGGGAGUGAGGAGGAGAGUGGUGAGAAUUCAGAAGAAGAAGAGCGGGAGGAGAAAGAAGUCGGAGAGGGGGAAGCAGAAACUAACGGAGAAAAGACAGCGAAUGUGUCCAAACAUCACAGCAGUGGCAGCAAACACAAGAAGAAGAAACACAAACACCGCAGCAAGCACAAAAAACACAAGCACGCGUCCGAAGAGGACAAGGAUCGAAAGCGCAAACAUCGACACAAACACAAGAAACACAAACGUAAAGAUGGCUCUUCUUCUUCUGCCCCUGGUAUCAACAGCGCCUCCAGCCAGAGAAAGACUCACAUCUCCCCUUCAUCUGACGACAAGGCCUUAUUGGAGGAGUUGGAGAAACAGAGGGCCAUGAUUAAAGCUGAGCUGGACAGCCAGGUGAUGGAAGGGGGUAAGGUGCAGUCAGGCAUGGGCCUCAUCCUACAGGGUUAUAACUCUGGCUCUGAGGAGGGAGACGGAGAGGGCAGGGUCCGGAACGGGGAGCAGCGUCAGAAGGGCAGCAUGGGGAAACCCCCCUCCCCCAGGGGUAGGAGUGGUAAAGCCAGACGGGACUCCACAGAAGCCAGCAAGUCCAGCUCUAAGCGCCACAGUCGGAGCAAGUCCAAGGAGAGGACAGGCAAGGAAUCCAAGUCGGACAAAACAACCAAAGGCAGCAAAGACGUGGCCGCCAAAGGCCGUGGCCGCAGCAAAUCAAAAGAGAGAAAGCGUUCCCAAAGCGGGGGAAGGUCCAAAGAGAGAAACAAGAAGUCUCCUUCCCCCUCCAGCAGGAGAGCAGAGCAGAGGAGCGUCCGCUCAGUCAAACGCUCUUCGCCCCAGCCUGACGACAGACCAAACACGGAGCGUGGCAGCCGGAGGUCCAGAUCACGGGAGCGUCCAGGGCGGUCGGAGUCAGAAAGAGAGCGAGACAAGAGGCCGACAAAGUCACCUUCCAAGGAUGCUUCGUCAGGGAAAGAGAACCGCUCUCCCCACAGGCGAGGAGGAGUGCCCAUUAGCCCCUCGAGGAGACGCAGCGCCUCCCCACACCCCACCAGAGACUCCCAGCAGGCAUCCGCUUCAGCCUCCACCUCCAAACAAGGCUCUCCUUCCAGAUCAGCCAGGUCCCCAGCAAGGAGAGGCCGCAGUCGCUCCCCAGAUGCCAGGAGGAGGGAUGCUGACAGACAGGGCUCCUCACCACUCCGAAAGCGAACACGUCCAGAAGCAGGGCCAGGGGGUAGAGCGAGGUCACGGGAGACCAGCCCCAGAGGUGCUCCCCAACGUCGCAGGAUGAGCCGCUCACCCUUCAGAAGAAGGUCCCCCUCGCCCUUCCGGAGACGGAGCAGGUCUCCAAUGAGACGCAGGUCGCCGGAGAGAGACAGAUAUGGCCGUCUCAGACAGUACGGCCGGCGCUCCAACUCCCGGGACCGGGACAGGAGGAGGAGACAUGGCCGGGACGAGGACAAGUUCAAGGGUAGCCUCUCUGAGGGCAUGAAGGCCGACAAGGAGUCCUCCGAGGAGGAAGUGCUUGAGGACUUUGACGGUGAGGAGGUGGAUGAAGAGGCCAUCAUAGAGCAGCGCCGGCAGCAGCGCCUGGCUAUCGUCCAGAAAUACCGUGGCGGCAACGAGGACAGCAUGGCGUCCAUGGCGUCGGAGCCCAGCAGCCCGCAGAGCAGCACGCGGAGCCGCUCGCCCUCGCCAGACGACGUCCUGGAGCGUGUGGCGGCCGACGUCAAGGAGUACGAGCUGGAGAACCUGGACACGUUCGAGGAGAACAUCAAGGCCAAGCAAGGCCUCAUCACGCAGGAGAAGGACGGACCCAAAAAGCCCUCGGCCCCUGAUAUGUUUACGGAGUCGGACGUCAUGUUUGAAGCAGCCAUUGAUAGUGCCAGGAUGAGAGCAGCAGGUGUUGGGGGGAAGGACUUCAAAGAGAACCCCAACCUCCGGGACAACUGGACCGAUGCAGAGGGUUACUACCGCGUGAACAUCGGGGAGACGCUGGACAAGCGCUACGACGUGUACGGCUACACAGGCCAGGGAAUGUUCAGCAACGUGAUCAGGGGCAGGGACACGGCCCGCGCCGGACAGGAUGUGGCCGUCAAGAUCAUCCGCAACAACGAGCUCAUGCAGAAGACUGGCCUGAAGGAGUUGGAGUUCCUCAAGAGGCUCAACGAUGCCGACCCAGACGACAAAUUCCACUGCUUGCGCCUCUUCAGACACUUCUACCACAAGCAGCACCUGUGUCUGGUGUUCGAGCCCCUCAGUAUGAACCUGCGCGAGGUGCUGAAGAAGUACGGUAAGGACGUGGGCCUUCACAUCAAGGCUGUCCGCUCCUAUACCCAGCAGCUCUUCCUGGCACUCAAACUCCUCAAACGUUGCAGCAUCCUCCACGCUGACAUCAAGCCUGACAACAUCCUGGUGAACGAGUCGAAGACCAUCUUGAAACUCUGCGAUUUUGGCUCGGCGUCCCAUGUGGCAGACAACGACAUCACGCCGUACCUCGUCAGCAGAUUCUACAGAGCUCCAGAAAUCAUCAUUGGGAAGCCGUACGACUACAGCAUAGACAUGUGGUCAGUGGGCUGCACGCUGUACGAACUCUACACCGGCAAGAUCCUUUUCCCCGGCUCCUCCAACAACCACAUGAUCAAACUGGCCAUGGACCUCAAGGGCAAGAUGCCCAACAAGAUGAUCCGGAAAGGCCUGUUCAAAGACCAGCACUUUGAUCAGAACCUCAACUUCCUCUACAUUGAAGUAGACAAAGUGACCGAAAGGGAGAAGGUAACCGUGAUGAGCACCAUCAACCCCACCAAGGACCUGCUGUGUGACAUGGUGGGUGGCCAGCGGCUGCCCGAGGAGCAGAGGAAGAAGGUCCUGGUCCUAAAAGACCUGAUCGACGGCACGCUGAUGCUGGAUCCAGCCAAACGCAUCAGCAUCAACCAGGCCCUGCAGCACCCCUUCAUCCAGGAGAAGAUCUGAACUCAGACCAGCCCAACCAUCAGCCAGGCCCUGCAGCACCCCUUGAUCCAGGAGAAGAUCUGAACUCAGACCAGCCCAACCAUCAACCAGGCCCUGCAGCACCCCUUCAUCCAGGAAAAGAUCUGAACUCAGAACAGCCCAACCAUCAACCAGGCCCUGCAGCACCCAUUGAUCCAGGAGAAGAUCUGGACUCAGACCAGCCCAAGCAUCAACCAGGCGAAGAUCUGAAUUCAGACCAGCCCAACCAUCAGACAGGCCCUGCAGCACCCCCUUCAUCCAGGAGAAGAUCUGACCUCAAACCAGCCCAACCAUCAACCAGACCAGCCUUGCCAGGUAGAAAUACAAGACCAGACGCCCCAUUGAGAAUGUUAUGGAUAAAUUGUUUCCCCUAUUUUGAUUAUGAUGGGUACGAUAACCUGGUAUGUUUUAAUUGUAAAUAAGUAAAAUAGACAUUCAUGAAGAAGAAAAAAAUAAUUUUGAUUUAUCAUCAUACACCCCACCCCCCUCCGGCGGUGAUGCAGCAGUUAUGGACUAUUUCUAUUUAACUGGCAUUGAAGUGAAUGACAUUAAAAUAAUAAAAUUCUUGUAAACAUGUCUAAUGCAUUGUCGAAGUACCUGAGUGUAGGUCGGUUUAGAAAUGUGUGUUGUAUACUAGUCGCAUCAAGGAGAUGCAUCAUCUUCAACUGUUAAAUUUUUAAUGAUCACCAACAUUGCUCAUUCUGCGACUGUGCAUGCUCUUGAAUGUGCACCCCUUCGUUGUGCUCUAGAUGUGUCUAGCAUAAGCCUGUGUACUGUUAAUGCUCUCUGUAACCAGGUUUCCAGCCAACCUUUUUAUGCGAGGAAAGUACACGUUGGAUACAAAAACACUAGACAGGGUGGGAUGUUUUUGUCGGUAAAAUUCAUUACGUGAAAAAUGGCAGAAACUUUUUUUUUUUUUACAAAAAUUUAUAUAAUAACCAGUCACGCAAUGAUUGUCCUCCCACUACGACUCGAGAAAGCAUGCAGUUAAAUAGGCUACAGAUCAAAUAAGUUAUGGUGAACUUCAUAGGGGGGUGAAAGUGCACGGUGAUGAGCUUGAUGCUCCUUUCCUAAUAAAUAUAGAGGGUCUUAUUCUGGUGACAUGAUUGAUGCUUGACUGCCGUUUGACAAAUACAAAUAAUCUCACUUUUAUCCAUAAUAAUCUCAUCAUGUAGGUAGCCUACCCGCACUGUAUCUGCAAGCUGUUGGCUAGAGCACACGUACCAAGACCAGAGCGGGCACAUUCGCUAUAUAACGGUGCCGAAAACCAUCAGUGGAGUUGAAAAUGUGAUGGAAACCAAUUUAACUUAUUCUGUACAUUUAAAGUAACUGCGCUAGAUCACGCUCAGCCUUUUAUCUGGAACAAGUCAUUUUGAUGGAAACAUCUCUUUUGGGGAAAUGUGCAUAUUGUUUUUGUGGAUUUUAGAAUAUUCACCAAUUGGAUGAUAACCUAGUGUGUGCGUAGCAGCAUUGGUGUCCCACAUGAUGGCACCACAAUCCCCAUUUCACAGGUCCCAGGCCUGUGCUUAAGGAAUGGACUCAACAGUCGUACUGUACUCCCCUCGAACAAUAAGACCGCUCCAUUUCAAGGUCGGUCAUUGUGUUAUUUUACAGAACAGAGCAGCCCCACUGACUCCAACGGUUUCACAUAUUUCCUCCUCUCUCUCUGACACGGUCCUGGCUAUAGGCUCUCAGAUUUAAGUGCCUCCUGUAUGAGCCUUGUGUGUAGAACACAGAACAAUGCCGGCCUGUGAAAGCCGCCACCUCGUUCUCCUCCCAUGUUGUAUAUAUUCCAUUGUUGCCACUGUCUUUCUCCAUGUUAAAGAUUUUCAUGUUUGAUUUGUUUCUUUUCUCAUUGAGGAAAAAACUCUUGUGAUUUAAGCAAAGAACUGAGAUGUGAAAAGAGCACCUUCAGUGCACCACCACUUUUAGUAAUAAAAUAUUUCCUAUUCAA